CCAGCCGGGCGCGGCGUCGCGGCUGCCCGCGCCAUGGUCGCCCUGGAGGACCCGGAGGGCGGCCCGGAGGCGGCGGCGGCGGCGGCGGCGGCGGGGGGCGGCCCGGGCGGCCCGCGGAGGCUGCCUCUUCAGGGCUGCCUGCCCCCACUAGCCAGCUCCCAGGUGAAGAGACUUUCAGCCUCCAGGCGCAAGCAACAUUUCAUCAACCAGGCUGUGCGGAAUUCAGACCUUGUGCCCAAAGCCAAGGGGCGGAAAAGCCUACAGCGCUUGGAGAACACUCAGUACCUCCUGACCUUGAUGGAAGCAGAUGGAGGUCCACCAGGUCUGGAGGACGGGGACCUGACCCUCCCUGCAGCCCCGGGCAUCUUUGCGGAGGCCUGCAACAAUGCCACCUAUGUGGAGGUCUGGAAUGACUUCAUGAACCGCUCAGGGGAGGAGCAGGAGCGCGUGCUCCGCUACCUGGAGAAUGAGGGCCAGAGCAAGCCCAGGAGGAGGGGCCCGGGCCGCGGGGAGGACCGGCGUCGAGAGGACCCAGCAUACACACCCCACGAGUGCUUCCAGCGCAUCAGCCGCAGGCUGAGGUCCGUGCUGAAGCGGAGCCGCAUCCCCAUGGAAACACUGGAGAGCUGGGAGGAGCGGCUGUUGCGGUUCUUCUCUGUGUCCCCCCAGGCUGUGUACACGGCCAUGCUGGACAAUAGCUUUGAGAGGCUCCUGCUCCACGCCGUCUGCCAGUACAUGGACCUCAUCUCAGCCAGUGCUGACCUGGAGGGCCGGCGACAGAUGAAGGUCAGCAACCGGCAUCUGGACUUCCUGCCACCAGGGCUGCUCUUGUCUGCCUACCUGGAGCAGCAAUGAUGACAGCUCCCCGGUGCCCUGUCUGCUGCUGCGCAGGGCCCCCAACAUCUCCCACCAUCUGCUCCCAUCUUUGAUCUUUUUAAAAUUUGUCCUUGGCAACCUGUUCUUCCCCUGGGUGGGUCCUUACCCUGGUCCCCUCCGUGCCCAGCUCUCACAGAUCAAUCCUGGCAGCUGGGACUGCCUAGACUGUCCUUGUAUAUAGCUUCCCACUACGGGACUUGUAUCUGGGUGGGGAGACCUGACCUGGGCAUGUUUCUUUAUUCAUUGUUUAGCUUUUUUUUGGGGGGGGGUGUAGCUCAGGUGAGGAGGGAAAAGUCUAGGGGGUUUUAAUCGCUUUUAACGUAUUCGGCAUGAUUUGUUGUAGAUUUUUAAAUUUCCCCUUUGAAGA